AUGACUGAAAGUAUCUAUCGAGGUCGUUUAACGCGAGAGAAUGCAGUCCUGCUCAUUGUGGAUCAUCAAGUGGGCCUUUACACUGGUGUUCGCGAUAUUGAUACCCUAGAGCUUAAGCACAACAUACUGGGCUUGACAAAGGCUGCUGUAGCUCUCAGAGUUCCCGUGAUUGUAACUACGACGACCGAGAGCAUGUGGGGGCCCUUGAUCCCUGAGCUACAAGAAGUGUUACCUGGCAUUGAACGAAUUGAGCGCACAACUGUCAAUGCUUGGGACGAUCAGCGUGUCGUCGCGGCCGUAAAGGCUACGGGGCGAAAGAACUUAAUUGCUACCGGGAUUUCGACUGACGUAUGCUUGGCAUUCCCAGCAAUGGCUGCUCUUUCAGACAACUAUACGACUUAUGCUGUUGUAGACGCAUCCGGUAGCUUUUCGAAGCGACAAGCCGAGAUGGGUGUCCUCCGCAUGACUCAAGCUGGUGUCAUUCCUGUUUGUUAUUCCAAUGUUGCUGUUGAAAUCUUGGCAGAUAAUGCUUCUUCAGAAUCAGCCGAGGUUUAUGCCGCCUUAGGUAUGCCAUUUUCUGGUCUUGUAUAUGGCUUACAGCAGUACUUCUCGCACAAAUAG